AAUUUUUUCCGAGUCAGAAUGAAAUAAUUUUACAUUCACAUUAACGUAUUAAGCUGAAUUAAAUUUCUCAAUUUUUUUGUGUUUGACCAGUAAUUUAAACACAAAUAAUAUACAUUUAUUUAAUUUUCAUAUAUUUGUAUGGCCGCAUCUUAGGUAAAUUCAAAUACGAUUUGUGAAGAUAGCCUCCAAUUGACGAAAGUGCAUAGAGGACUGCUUAACAUGAUUUCCCGAGUUAAUAUUUUUACGGUAGUCAUAGUGCUAUCUUUAACGCUUUUAAAUUAUACCAAUGCGCUCUAUGAAGAUCAAAUAAAGAAAUUUGAUUGGAAAGUGCAAAACAUUGGAGCAAUUCGACAGGGGCAAUUAGAAUUGAAUUCAAUUAGUCCCCGAUUAUUGGUCAGUACAUAUGAAAAUGUUGUUGCUGCAUUAGAACCACAAACUGGAAAUAUAUUGUGGCGACAAGUGCUGGAGAACCCGCCACGUGGAUCAUUGAAGCUAAUGCAGGUAGGAAUCGCGUCGGUAAACAUAAAUGAAGCAGAUAGUACAGCUGCAGCAUCAACCAAUUCAAAGCAUGGAUUCGACAUGCUAACGGUACAAGGGCACGCACCUGCUUUAAUACGUGGAUGGAAUGUUGCUAGUGGCAAUUUGGACUGGGAGUGGUCCUUGAUGCCGCAUCAAACGGAUCAUGCAGAGUCAUCUAUUUGGUUUUAUAAAAAUGGGCUAUUGUACCACGUAAUUCCAUUUUGGCAUAGUCAUAUUGAAGUAACACCAUAUUUCGCCACCACUGGGCGCCCGACAGAAACAACCGGCAAAAUAACUGCUGGAUGGAUUAGUGCUGGGAACUGUGCCUUAAGCGGUGUCUAUUACACCUGCUUAGAUGGUAAUCAAUUAAUAGGUUUCGAUUUGACAGCAAACCAACCGCAAAUUCUCCGAAAAGUUCUUUCUGAUACUCCAAGGGACAAGCUUCGUGCAGUAGAGGGUAUAAGUGGCGCAUAUGCGAUUGGUAAAAAAUUGAUCAGUAUUCAUGAAGACACUGUCGUAUGCAAUAAUUACGAAAGUAAUAGCUUCUUGUUGGGGAAGUUUCAUAAGCGACGAGUUUUAGCGCAAGCAGAAGUUGUCAAUAAUGUAUUGCAAAUUAGGGGACACUAUUUAGAUAGCUGUGAAGCAGUGCCAGAAAUGGCAAUCAAUAUGGAUUAUCCCGAUUAUUACGGCACUCCAGAGCUAAAGACAUUCGCAUGUGUAUCGCAAAGUAAAGGAUGUUGGUAUAUACUUGGUACAGAUGACGAAUCCAUUUUGGCUGUGAAUAAGGGUAAAUUACGUUGGGAACGGCAAGAAUCUUUGGCGAACAUAGUUGCCAGUGAAUUUAUUGAUCUCCCGCUUGCUGAUGCAGAAGGAACAUUAGAGAAUGAAAUGAAAGGAAAUACAGAGGAUGCAACGGGUAUUGAAAGUGAUAUUGCCAGUGCUUUCUUACGUCGCGUAUCUACUCAGGCGAUUCAAAUUAAGAGCCUAUUUUUGCAUGUGAUCGGCUUGGGCCAACCACCAACAGAUACGCAAAAGGCUGGCUUAGUACGUGAUUCUUUUGGUUUACAUAAAAUGCUUGUUGUGCUGACACGCAGUGGCAAAGUUUUUGGCAUCGACAACAUAAGUGGAAAACAUCAUUGGCAGCUAUAUUUACCAGAAGCUCAGAACUUCGUGAAUCAUGAGCCAAUGCGAUUGAUGGUACAACGAACAUCCAAACAUUUCCCAUUACAACCACUCUGCACAGUUGUAGCCAAAGAGAAGCUCACGGGUAACGGAAUAUUAUUCCGUUUUAAUCCGAUCAAUGGUAGACCCGCAGAAGGUGGACUAUUGAAACUAAAUUACAAAAUCAAACAACUAACAUUGCUUGCAGAAUCAGAAAAAGAUUCUAUAAAGGGUCUACUUCUGCUAGAUGCGCAAAAUAAUGUCGCUGUUUAUCCUCAAUAUGUGCAAGAAAUGGCGCAUGGUAUGUAUUUGUUUACUGCCGACAAAUCUUCAGCAAUACUUGAGGGUUUCUUUGUACAAUAUGUUGAUGGGGUCUUGAAUUGUUUACCUAUUUGGAAUGUACGACUUGGUGGUCAUAACGGUGAUCAUCAAUUAGUCGCUGUAGCUGCGAAAAAUCCCCUUGAACAUGUGCACUCUCAAGGACGUGUUUUAGGCGAUCGUUCAGUGCUUUACAAGUAUUUAAAUCCAAAUUUGGUUGCUGUGAUCACGCAAGCCAAUGAUCCGAUACACAAAUAUUUGUUGAAUGUCUACCUCGUGGACGUUGUAUCUGGCUUAAUUGUUUUCUCCAUGACUCAUCGUCGUGCGCGGGUACCGGUACAUAUAGUUCAUUCAGAAAACUGGCUUGCCUUAUCGUACUAUAAUGACAAAGUGCGACGCACAGAAAUUACCACAGUUGAAUUAUAUGAAGGUAAAACGCAGGCUAACAGUACUGUCUGGAGUUCAUUGAAUGCGCCUCCGAUGCCGAUGGUUGAACGACAAGCCUACAUUAUUCCUACAAUGGUUGAGACCAUGAGAGAAACCAUCACCGAGCGUGGCAUUACGAACAAACAUGUGCUUAUCGGUACAGCGAGUGGUGCUAUCAUCGAAAUGCCUUGGGCUCUUCUCGAUCCCCGGAGGCCGAUAUCAUCCAACACACAGGGACGCGAAGAAGGUGCUAUACCUUACAUUCCGGAAUUGCCAUUGCCAACAGAAAAUAUUAUCAACUAUAAUCAAACAAUAGUGCGUUUAAGUAACAUAUUUACAGCACCCAGCGGUUUGGAAAGUACAUGUCUGGUGUUGGCCACUGGGUUAGACAUGUUCGUCACACGUGUUGCACCUUCGAAGACAUUCGACUUGUUAAAGGAAGAUUUUGAUUAUAUCUUGAUCGCGGUUGUGUUGUUGGCUCUGACAAGCGGUUCAUUGGUGGUAAAACAUUUAGCAUCACGCAAAUUACUGAAACAAGCGUGGAAAUAAAAUAAAACUAGUCAAUAGUCUAAUUAAAAUAUGUAUGAACAUACAUAACAAGUUAUGUGUAUACUUAUCUAAGCAACCAAUUAUAGCAAGCGCAUUAGUUUUUAUAAAGAGUGUACGUUUGGUGUAUGCAUUUACUUAUCAACUUAAUUUAUGAUGUUGAUUUUACUGUUACUUUCAUUUUUUUCGCUCUCAUUUGGUUUGCCUGUAUUAACGUUUGUCUUUCUUUUAAUUGUUUUUUAUAGAAAAUUAAUAAAAUAAAUAUAAAGAAAUUAAAUAUAA